GCUCUUUUUUUUUCACCCAUUCUGGCAGAAUUGGGGAUUGAGAACAAGCGCACACGACAGACCUACACUCGCUACCAGACAUUGGAACUGGAGAAGGAGUUUCAUUUCAACAAACUCAAGGUGCCUCCACGUAGAGUUGUUGUUUUGAUGCCUUGCAAAUGUGAUAUUUGUAGGUAUCUGACAAGAAGACGGCGCAUCGAAAUCGCUCAUUCCCUCUCGUUGACGGAGCGCCAAAUAAAAAUUUGGUUCCAGAACCGCCGGAUGAAAUGGAAGAAAGAGCACAAUAUAGCAAAAUUGAAUGGACCCGGAACUCUGGAGCAAUUGGAAAUGAUGGAGCAGGCGGCAAAUGCAUCAGCGGGUUCCGUGGACCGACCGCAGCCUCUGUUUCUCGGCUCACCAUCGCAUAAACCGCGUGGACAACACGGUUCGCAUCAUUUCGAUUCAGAUUCUAGAUCAGUAGAGACUCCCAGCGAUUCUGGAGCGCCUUCACAGCACAUCUCUGACGUUCCUGUCUACCAGCGUCCUGAUGUGCCUAUAAAUUGUCAUUCUCUAGUGAAUUCCUCCAAUGAUGGUGAAGAAUUUGAUGAAUCUUGCGGCGAGGUAUAUGACAUGCGCCAAGUAAAGAAGUUCAAACAUCCUUCAGGUUCUCCACUCGAUUUGCAUCCACAAGACUAUCCUCAACCAAAGCUCUCACAUCCCAAUCCCUACCAAAGUGGAAAUCCUCCCGACAACUACAGUCAAAAUCCGAUUCAACGACAACACGAAACGGCAAAACCGAUGUGA